UCAGGCACGCCGAGGGCAGCCUCUCUAGGGUCCUCGUGGCCAGCCAAGAUGGCUGCCUCCGCGGUGACGGUUGUGCGAAGGUGGUCGGGCUUGCUGCUGGGCGUGCGGAGUGUUGUCCUGAGGCUUCCAGGGCUAACCCAGGUGAGGUGGAGCCGCUAUGGUCCUGAAUACCAGGAUCCCCAGAUUGACAAGGAAUAUUACCGCAAGCCCUUGGCCGAGCUGACUGAGGAGGAAAGGUAUGAGCGGGAGCUCAGGAAGACGCAGGUUAUCAAAGCUGCCCCUGCGACGAGAACAAGCUCUGUGUUUGAAGACCCAGUGAUCAGUAAGUUCACCAACAUGAUGAUGAAAGGAGGAAACAAAAUACUGGCCAGAUCCCUCAUGACACAGACUCUGGAAGCUGUGAAAAGGAAACAGUUUGAGAAGUACCACGCUGCUCCUGCAGAGGAACAGGCAACCAUUGAACGCAACCCUUACACCAUCUUCCACCAAGCACUGAAAAACUGUGAGCCUGUGAUUGGGCUGGUAUCCAUCCUCAAGGGUGCCCAUUUCUAUCAGGUCCCUGUCCCACUAGCUGACCAGCGUCGCCGCUUCCUGGCCAUGAAGUGGAUGAUUACUGAGUGUCGGGAGAAGAAGCACCGUCGGAUGCUGAUGCCGGAGAAGCUGUCCCAGGAGCUGCUGGAGGCUUUUCACAACCGGGGCCCUGUGAUCAAGAGAAAGCACGACACGCACAAGAUGGCCGAGGCCAACCGCGCGCUGGCCCACUACCGCUGGUGGUAACGGGCGGGCGGAGGAGCUGAGAA